AUGAGUGAGUAUCUUCAAUCACCCAGCAAGCUGCUGAUCACGCCUUGUCUCCCCUGGUUUGAGCUCCGCGAUGGCGGGGCGACCACGGAUGCAGCUGUGGCUCUUCUUGCCAGUGCCCUGCCGGCGCAUGCAACUGCCCUGUAUGUAUUACAUGAUGCUGCGAACACACCGGCCGAUGACGUCUUGCUGACCACUCCGAUAGAAGAAAUAAAUUACCCAAGCAUUCACAAUCGAACACGAAUGAUGCUCGGAAGGACUUCGACAUGCAGUGAGAUGGAGAUCCCUCGGAAUGGACACACUUUAUGCUGA